AUGGCUGCCAAUAACCUGCAAUGUCUCACUUCACGUGUUUCAUAUACCGUCGGUGGCGAAUUGGGUUUUGAUGACAUUCCACCUCCAACUCGUCAAGUACAGGAUUCUAACCGUUUGAAAGUUAAUGCUCAAAAAGCGGAAAAUGUUCAUUAUGUUGGUCAGAAGAGUCAUGAGUGUCCGGCGGUCCAGGAAGCUAGUAAAGUCCUCACUGAAAACAGAGGAAGAGUGAAUCAAGCAAAUCUGAUAUGCAGAGACUGUUGCACCAAAAAUGCAAAGAAAGCCGUGGCUACUGAUCUUCAAAGGCGUAAAGUGCAUCUAUGUCCAGGCGUUAAGGGGCAAAGUGGAUUGCGGAAACCUCUAGACAGUGACGUGCGUAAUAAGCUUACUGAACUUGAAGCGACGGUCGAGGAAUUAAGCAGUAAAGUUAAGGAAUUAAUUGAUCGGGACAAGAAAUCGAAUGACGAGAUCGGGGAUCUGCAGGAAAAGGACUUAGAAAAGGAAGAACAGAUUUUGAAACUUACGAAUAUAGUUAAGGGUCUGAUGUCUAUGAAGUCAAUUAAAAGGUUUGAAUUAAUAAAAAGAAAAAUGGAGACAAGCCCAGAAUUUGAGCGGUAUGUUAACGAAGGUUUGAUGCGCUUUGGAGUUUCGGCACCAGUUUCCUUCUUAAGUAAGACCGAGAGAUAUGUACUUCGUGACGUUACUCAGCGCAGUCAAAUUGAUGCUCCCAUUGUGAAAACUACUCGGGUAACAAAACAAAUGACGGUUGAAGAAGUACAACACUCACCAGCUCGUCCCGCUAUGUUUUCGUACGACACAACCAGGUUCCUCGCUCGUCACGGUGUUGUUUAUGAUGAAUAUGAUAUGAGGGUUGCAUCUGUCGAUGAAGAAACAAGAAAUUGUCAGGCUUCAUCAUCUCAAUCGCUGUACAGGCCAGGAGAUUCAACGGUAUAUCACCCUCACUCUAGACGACGACCCAGCAAGUUUGUUCAAAGGAAAGAUGGUGGAAUUUUUAGAACGAAGGAGUUCAAGAAAAACGACACUAUUUGCGAGGAAGAGGACAGUGAUCUGGAUUCUGUAAGUGUAAUUGAUGAAGUUGAGGAGCUUUUGAAAGGAUCUAACAUUAAUGAAAGAAGUCCUGACGUGGUAGAUCGAUCAUUCAAAGCUUGCAGAUGGUCUGGUGAUGUGCUCAAGGCACAGGAAAAAUCACUUAUUGUGCAGUUUCUACAAGCGGAGAAGCAGCAUGGAGAUGGUUUAAAAGAUUUUAAAAUCAGAGAUUUAAACUUGUUAACAGUCAUUUUGAUUAAUGAGGUGUCAGCGGGAAGCUCGUGGGUCUGUUUGUUCGAGAAAAUUGUUUUGCAAAGACCGGGAGUGGUAUUAUGUUGGGCCACCUCGACGUCAGGUAAAGAAAAUCAGAGGAAAUAUUCGUGGAGUGCAGUAAAAAGCGGGCUUCGUAUGGAAGUUGCGAAUAUCAAAGCAAGGGAUUAUGGGAGGGAGGAUGUGAGAAGUUUGGCCUGGGACAAAAUUUGGUUUAUUGUCACUGGUAGAAAAGCAACUAUGUGGAAAGAAGGUAGCGGUCUGCAUCAUGAUACGGAAGGUCCAGACUUGCAGUUGACGUUAGCAGCUUUGGUUAAAUUACUUCAAGGAAGGAACAGGGCAUGGCCAGAUGUUGUGAAGGAAGUUGUAGAUCGUGCAUUAUAG